AUGUCUCAACAGCGGAGUCAACAUUUCGAUGCUAUCAUCCAACAACUCGAUGCGCCGACCUCCAACGUGAGGAAGAUGGUCGACUACCUCCUAGGUAAUAAAUGGGAGUUGAUUGACGCAGCCACUGCGAACGCAUUAAUGUAUCAGCUUCCAUUUUUUGAAACAUUCUUCCGAGAUUAUAUCUUCUCCAAUCGGUUUGACACUCAGGAUCGUUACGGCGGUCUUCGAGGCCGACUGCAUGAUCUAUUUGACGGCGCGACAAUAAAAGAAAUUCAAGUAUGGCUCAAGAAACGCGAUAGCACGGCGUCAAAAGCCCGUGCCUUGGCGAUUUUCAGCUGCAGGAUCAUCAACGCUAACCGAAAUCCACGACAGUUGAUAACCUGGAUGCUCGAGAAAGGUAACACGCAACAACUCAAUGGCUUCACGAACAAUGCCCUCAACUCGCUGUCUGGAUUGAUGAAUGAGUUUCUAUGGAAAUAUAGCUCCAAACGCAUCCAAAGAACUCCCUUCAAAGCUAUGGCGGAGCUGCCUGAUAUUACCCCAAAUUAUUGUACAGAUCUGUUCAAGCCCAUGAUUUCAGGGCCCUUGCCGCCGUACAUGGAAUCGAGGUCCAGACAAGUUUCCGCUUAUGCAGCCAACGGCAGGAAGACUCAGAUGGUCGGAUAUAUCGGUCAGAUAGGACUCGUCUUCGGAUGCUUCAAGCUUCAAGUCCCAAGGCCUAAGCUGAGGCGGAAGAGUCGCCACUGCUUCGGUAAGAAUUAUAUAGAAGGAUUUAUGAAUACACUUGAGGCGACUAGUCACAUACAGCCUUUGAGUGGCGCGCACGGAUUUGAGAUGAAGCAGAAUGUCGUUUUAGCCCGUGACAAACGGAAGAAGCAGAUGGGAGAGUUUCGCGAAAGACCUAGAUCUAAGACGAGGGCAUCAGUACCUAUUAGUCUUGAGCAGUCUUCUAGAUUCCGAGACUCCUUGAUAAGUGUGAGCUCGAGCCGGUCGGAAGCGCUUGAGCUCGAGUAG